AUGAUCAAGUCGCGACCGUCCAUGGUUGCGUCACUGAGAGAGUACAAGUUCAUCUACGAGUGUUUGUUCGAGGAGUUCCAGGCUGGGGACACGGUGCUCCGGCUGGACCUCACCGAUAAGUUCAGGGCGCUGGAAGCUAGGAACCCACAGACAGGUUUCUCCUACCUGAUGGAUGAGUAUAGGAUGUUGUCGACGUUCACACCUGACCUCCACCCCCGCACAUGUACGGCCGGACUUCUGCCCGAGAAUGAGAGGAAGAACGUGGAUCAAAGUAUAGUCCCUCCAGAUUUCUACAGACCUUUCCUGAAUGUUAGAGGCAACCCUUCCACUGACGGAUACAUCAACGCCCUCUUUGUGGACGGCUUCCGGCGACAGCGCGAGUUCCUGGUCACACAGUGCCCGCUCAACAACACGGUCUAUGCCUUCUGGAGAAUGGUCUAUGACUAUCAGGUGCAGUCUAUUGUUCAACUAGGAACCUUCAGUGGACACAACCAGGCACAGUACAUCCCCGUCACUGGUUCCCGGAGGUUCGAGUACCUGCUGGUGGAGCUGGUCAACGUGAGCCUCCAGCGGUCUAUCACCAUCAGGAACUUGAAGCUGUGUUCGGAUACCUUGGCAGGAGUGGAGAACAGAGCUGUUAGACAUUUUCAGCUGGCACACGGACAGGAGGACAACACAGCGGCACCCGUAAGCCAGGAUUCUUGCCCUAACAGUCCCGCAGAAAUCAUUCACCUCCUUGAGCUUGUCAUGGCUUGGCAGAAGGCGGCAAACAGGCGAACUCGACCAAUCGUUGUCUGCUGCACAAACGGAGCCACUCACUGUGGAGUCUUUUGUUGCUCUGCGGUGCUGUGUGAGCGUCUACGUGAGGACCAGGAGGUGGAUCUCUACCACACGGUGAAACACGUCAAGCGGAGACGACCACAGUUCAUUGCUGACUUUGACCAGUACCGCUUCCUGUACCAGGUGUUGUUGGAGUACAUGGAUAAUUUCCUUGAUAAUGGAGGUGAGGUGAAGGACGGAGGUGAGGGCACUGAAAAAUUAUUGGUUGACUGUCGUUGUCUCCAUAGAAUCCUGGACAACAUGGAUCCAUGUGAUGAUGUGUCCCUGAGAGCGACAGACUGUAGUCCGUGUGCCACUCAAAGACAGACCUCGGUACGGUUCCGGCCCUCAGCGCCUGCUGGCUAUGGCAUGUCUGAAGGUAACUCGUGUGUGAUCUCUUCUUUUGCAGGGAUUCCAGUGCUGGAAACAGAACUGAAAGGAGAGAAAGAAACAAU